UCAGAAUGAUUUUCCGCCUGCAGCAUCGGAGACAAACUGGGAAUCUGUCACAAGCCCUGUCUCAGAUAUGUACUAUUACUCUCCAUCAGCAACUAAUUCCACUGUCCUAGCAGAGGCUAUGGACCAAGCUAUUUCCAUGUUUGACACUGUUGAAGAGGUGGUCAAACACUUAAAUCCAGUAACAUGGCAGGAAGAACUAGAAAACCUCUAUACAGAUACAGCACAGCACUGGGGACGGACCUUUCAGGAAAGAAAAUCUAAAGUGAACUUAGACAGGCUUAAUGAUGACGUCAAACGAUACAGCUGCACCCCGAGAAAUUUCACAGUAAACUUACGGGAAGAGCUGAAGAUUACCAGCGCUGUGUUUUUUCCACGAUGCCUCCUUGUUAAACGCUGUGGAGGAAACUGCGGUUGCGGAACUCCGUAUACCAAAUCUUGCACGUGCACCUCUGGAAAAACUGUGAAGAAAUACCAUGAGGUGCUGAGGGUCGUGCCUGAAGUUGGCUACAAUAAGAAAAAGAAUGGAAAGAAUAUGUCUAUCAUAGACAUCCAGCUGGAGCAUCAUGAAAGGUGUGAUUGCAUCUGCAGUUCCAGACCACCGCGAUAAAAAAGUACAAGGAGGAAUAAUGGAAAGUUCUUACUGAUUCAUGGAUUUUUGCUGAACUGUCAUGAAAUGUCCUGGACAUGGACAUGGACAUGGAGUCAGGAUUUAAUUGACUUUCAGAUUUACGUAUGUGUUGUGCUUGAGGAAAUAUGCUUGUUAACCUAAUUUUUGCACAUUACGUGCAGUCUUAGAGAGGUAAGGUGCACCUGUCAUCAAGCGAUCGAGUCACAUAUUUUGUUAGCUGAGAAAAAUGUGUUUGCUAUUGGAAGACAGUUCACAAUGAACUAAAACAUUACAAACUGUUCAUUAUGGUGUUACAAUCGAUUUCUGAAGCUCCACAAUCCCAAAAUAUGGUUUGUCUCACCAAGUUCCUCCUUUAGCUUGUGUAAUAGGAACCCUGUACAUAGACAGCGCAGGAUGGAAUUUGUUUUACAUAGAAGAUCUACAAACAGCCACCUUUAAAUAUAAAAACGUC